ACUUUUUUGUAUCGAAGGAAUCAACAGCCGCCAUCUUGUCGUGGCUCGGAAUUAGGAUUUCGGUCCAACGCUGACUUUAACGUGGAAAUCGAGCAUCCUUACCACGAUAUGACAGCGUCCUUCCCCCGAAAACGAAAUCUUAACGUCGCCUCGGAGACAUUUUGUGCGAAAAAACGGGAAUUUGAUCGGUGGUCGUCGGGCAGAAAAGCUCCGUAUAUCUGAUUUCCCCUUCAGAGUGCGGCGAUUCAGCCCCUGUCGCCGUUCGGGAGCAGUAUUGUUUACCGUGGGCAAGCGGAGACAAGAUCGUGACUUUCGAAGUGAUUUGCAAAAAUACGGCAUUUUUAUGCAAUUGUGCAUUUUUGUGGAGCUUCGCGCGAUUUUUGCAUGAAGAAAUUUGACGUCACGCAAAAUGGGUUGUUUGAACAUCUAGAAUUUUUCACCUGGAAUGCAACAAUUUACCUGAUUAUACUAGAUUGAUAUUUUGAAGUUCGAUUUUUACAUGGGGAAUAUUUUAUUUUGCUUUAUUUAACGAUAAUAAUGUGGGUGUUGGGUGUUGGAUUAUCAUGGGGUGAAUGGCGGUGGCGAAGCGGGGCGCUAUUGCAUCUCUUUUGAAAGACACACUCAUAGCAAGGAGUAGCUAACGCUAACAGUUAACUUAGCUGGUAGCAGGCAAUUAGCUAGCUAUUAGCCAGUUAGCUAACGUUAGCAGGCUGCCAGCUUGCUAAUGUACAUAGGUUCGGCCUGAUAGAACAACUUCCCUUUUAAAUCACAAAAUCUAACUUGAGCAACCAGCCGGAAAACACAACAACUAUGGCUGAAAACCUGCUGGACGUCGGACCUCCCAACUCAAAGCGGCCGAAGCUGAAUUCACCUGCCCUGUCAGCGUCUGAUGGACCAGAGCUUGGCACAUUAUCUUGGGAUGAUUUGGAGAAUGACCUUCCAGAUGAGUUGAUCCCUAAUGGUGGAGAUCUCAGCCUGAUGGGUGGGAUGCCUUCGAAUGGAGGAGCACCACCUGGAGCUGGUGGGCCAGGUGGCACCCCAGGGGGCAUUGGCACUGGCGGUGCUACUGUUGUCCCAGAUGCGGCUGCCAAGCACAAGCAACUCUCAGAGCUUCUUCGAGCCGGUAGUACUACCAGUAUCACUGGGACAGGGCUGAACUCCGCUAGCCCUCAGCCAGGUAGUAUGGGGCCUCAGCUGGGCACACCUCUGGGUAAAAGCCCUCUUGGCCAGGGCUCUCCUAAUAACCACCCGUCCCCCCAGGCGCAAAAAGCAGGCACACCAACUGGAGUAGCAGGACAGAACAACAAUGGUAAUACUGCAGCCAUGGGCUUGAAUGCAACAGGCUUCAGCCAGGCCAUGAUCAACAAUAACCAGGGUCAUGCUGGGCUCCUAGCACAGGGAGGGCAGCCUCAGCCUGGGCAGGUGAUGAAUGGUGGUCUUGGACCUGGAGCGGGAAGAGGCCGGGGUGCAGGGGUAACCGGCAUGCAGUACCAGGGACCGACAAUGCAGUCAACAGCACCAGGACAAGGAGGUGCAGGAAGUGCGUUGGCAGAGACGCUCACCCAGGGAGGCCAGCAGAUGGGAGCUCAUACCUCCCUGAGCGCUGCACAGCAAGCAGGAAACAUGAACAAGAUGGGCUUGGGCAGUAACGGGGGUCCUUUUGGGGCCCAGCCCUACGGUCAGGGUGCGGCAGGGCCGGGCCAGCAGCUAAACCCUCAGCAGCAGCUCCAGAACAAGGCUGCCCUCACCAACAGCCUGUCAUCCUUCCCCAAUGAGCUCAAAGGGGCCGCUGUCAGUAGCGUGCCAAACAUGCAACAGCUUCAGCAGCAGCCCCAGCAGCAGACGGCUAUGCUGCCCCUGGCCAGCGGCGGAGGUGUGACAGUGCCUUCGGCAGGCCCCACAGCUGACCCAGAGAAGCGCAAGCUGAUCCAGCAGCAGCUGGUCCUGCUGCUUCAUGCACACAAGUGCCAGCGACGGGAGCAGGCUAAUGGGGAGGUGAGGGCCUGUGCCCUGCCCCACUGCCGCACCAUGAAGAACGUCCUCAACCACAUGACCCACUGCCAGGCCGGCAAGUCCUGCCAGGUGGCUCACUGUGCGUCGUCCAGACAGAUCAUCUCCCACUGGAAAAAUUGCACACGACAUGACUGUCCCGUCUGCCUGCCGUUGAAGAACGCCAGCGACAAACGCACCCAGCAGCCCAUGCUGAGCUCCCCCAAUGCAGGCCUCCAGAACCCCAUGUCCACAGUUGGUGUGGGCCAGCCCAGUACUCCCACCAUCAAUACCUCAGCUCCCAUAGAUCCCAGUUCCAUGCAGAGGGCCUACGCAGCACUUGGGCUGCCCUACAGCAGCCAGGCCACUGGGCAGGCCCAGGCCCAGCAGGCUCAUGGCCCAGGACAGACAGCAGGCGCACAGAACGCACAGGCCCAGCAGCAGCAACAACAGCUUCAGCAGCAGAUGAGACCCAUCAAUGCACUCGGUAACCAGAUGGCUCUUGGAGGUGCAACAAUGGGUGUGACCACUUCAGAACAGACAAACCUGCACACAGACUCCCUUCCCAACACACUCAACACUAACAAUCAGCUGCUGUCAGAUGGAUCAGCUGUGGGAUCAAUGGGCAACCUUCCCACAGCAGCACCCAUCUCUGCCACAGGCAUCAGGAAAGCCUGGCAUGAGCAUGUCACUCAGGACCUGCGCAAUCACCUCGUACACAAACUAGUACAAGCCAUAUUCCCCACCCCUGACCCGGCAGCUUUGAAAGACAGACGAAUGGAGAACCUGGUGGCCUAUGCCAGAAAAGUGGAAGGGGACAUGUACGAGUCCGCUAACAGCAGGGAUGAGUACUAUCACUUCCUGGCUGAGAAGAUCUAUAAAAUCCAAAAAGAACUAGAGGAGAAGAGACGCUCAAGGCUACAGAAGCAGAUCAUCAACCAGGCUCCAAUGUCUGCACAGGGAGCCCAGCAGCCUGGCCUGCCGCAGCCCAAUGCCCUGGGCCCGAGGCCACAGAACGGACCUGUUCCUUUGCCUAACAUGCCAAAUCAGAUCAUGAAUCGCAUGCAGGUUUCCCAAGGAAUCAACCAGUUCAACCACAUGGCUCUGCCCAAUGCCCAAAUAUCCCAAGCACCCAUGGGAGCCCGAGCUGCCUCACCUAUGAACCAUCCACAGCAGAUGAACAUGAGCUCCGUCCCACCGAUGGGCAUGUCUCCCUCCAGGAUGCCCCAGGCCCAGGGCAUGAUGGCUGGCCAUGGUGGCGGGAAUAUGGUAGGCCAGACGGCCAACCAGGGACAAUUUCUGACCCAGACCCAGUUUCCCCCAGGAACCACUGCUGUUGCUGCCACAGGCACCAUGAAUGUCACUGUGGGACCUGGCAUGGGUCAGCCACAAGCACAGGCUGCUGUCACCCAGCAGCAGCAGCAGAGUGCUAACCUCCCCAUGAAUGCACUUGGCCCCUCACUGGGCCCUCAGCUAGCCUCCUCCCAAACCCCCUUGCACUCCACGCCUCCGCCUGCUGCCUCCUCUGCCUCCACGGCUGGGGGGGCCACUAACCUGCCGCACCCCCAGCCCUCCAGCCGCAGCUCCACCCCUACCCUCCCUGGCCCUGCACCAGCACAGAGUGCCACCCCACCCUGCCCCACCCAGUCCCAAAUCCAGGCGGAGCUCCCUGCAGCAGCACAGACGCAGCCCCCGCCUCAGCCCCCUACCACGCCGCUGUCUCAACCAGGGGCCAGUCUGGAUAACCGGGUGCCCACGCCCGCCUCAGCUGCUAGCGCUGACCUGCACUCACAGCAUGUUGGAGCUGACCUGCCUCCUCAAGAGGUGAAAACAGAACCACACCAUGAACAACAGGAGUUUGAGGCUGCUGGCGGCAAAACUGAGCCUAAGAUGGAGACUGAGGAUGACUCUGGUUCAAUUCUGGUGAAGAAAGAAGAGCCAGAGGAGAAGCAGGAGCCAAUGGAGGUGGAGGAGAAAAAGCCGGAAAUGAAGACAGAACCCAAAGAUGAAGAAGAGGGUGGAGCCAACAGCACAACCUCCUCAUCACCCUCUCAGUCACGGAGGAAAAUCUUUAAGCCUGAGGAGUUGCGUCAGGCUCUGAUGCCGACACUAGAGUCUCUGUACAGGCAGGAUCCUGAGUCACUGCCCUUUAGACAGCCAGUAGACCCCAUGCUUCUGGGCAUCCCGGACUACUUUGACAUUGUUAAGAACCCAAUAGACCUGUCCACAAUAAAGCGCAAGCUUGACACAGGCCAAUACCAAGAGCCAUGGCAGUAUGUGGACGAUGUCUGGCUGAUGUUUAAUAAUGCUUGGCUCUACAACCGCAAGACCUCCCGAGUCUACAAGUACUGCUCCAAGCUGGCUGAGGUGUUCGAGUCUGAGAUCGACCCCGUUAUGCAGGGCCUGGGCUACUGCUGUGGGAGGAAGUAUGAGUUCUCUCCUCAAACCCUCUGUUGCUAUGGCAAACAGCUCUGCACCAUACCUACUGGAGGCACAUACUAUAGUUACCAGAACAGGUAUCAUUUCUGUGAAAAGUGCUUCAAUGAGAUCCAGGGGGAAAGUGUGACAUUAGGAGAUGAUCCUGCACAGCCACAGACGAUGAUUUCAAAAGACCAGUUUGAAAGGAAGAAGAAUGAUGUACUCGACCCUGAACCGUUUGUUGAAUGUAAGGAUUGCGGACGGAAGAUGCACCAGAUAUGCGUUUUACACUAUGAGGUCAUUUGGCCGUCUGGAUUCAUUUGUGACAACUGUUUGAAGAAGAGUGGAAAAUCACGCAAAGAAAACAAGUUUUCUGCAAAACGGCUACAGUCGACACGAUUGGGAAUGUACAUAGAGGAUCGUGUGAAUAAAUACUUGAAGAGACAGAACCACCCAGAGGCCGGCGAGGUGUUCGUGCGAGUGGUGGCGAGCUCCGACAAAACGGUGGAGGUUAAACCCGGCAUGAAAGCCAGGUUUGUGGAUACAGGUGAAAUGCCGGAGGCCUUUCCCUACAGAACCAAAGCACUUUUCGCCUUUGAGGAGAUUGACGGUGUUGAUGUGUGCUUCUUUGGCAUGCAUGUGCAGGAGUAUGGCUCUGAGUGCCCAUUCCCCAACACUAGACGGGUCUACAUAUCAUACCUUGACAGUAUUCACUUCUUCAGACCUCGGAUUUUGCGAACAGCAGUGUACCAUGAGAUCCUCAUUGGCUAUUUAGAAUAUGUCAAGAAGCUCGGAUAUGCUCAAGGCCACAUCUGGGCAUGCCCACCCAGUGAAGGGGAUGACUACAUCUUUCACUGCCAUCCUCCAGACCAGAAGAUCCCUAAACCUAAGAGGCUGCAGGAGUGGUAUAGGAAGAUGCUGGACAAGGCUUUUGCAGAACGGAUCCUGCAUGACUACAAGGACAUCUUUAAACAGGCAACUGAGGACCGCUUGACCAGCGCCAAUGAGCUGCCCUACUUUGAAGGCGACUUUUGGCCAAAUGUGCUGGAGGAGAGCAUAAAGGAGCUAGAGCAGGAGGAGGAAGAACGCAAGAAGGAGGAGAACACAGCAGCUUCUGAGACUCCCGAGGGUACACCAGGUGACAGCAAAAAUGCAAAGAAGAAGAACAACAAAAAGACCAAAAACAAAAGCAGCGUGAGCCGAGCCAAUAAGAAGAAGCCCGGGAUGCCAAAUGUAGCCAAUGAUCUGUCCCAGAAGCUGUACGCCACCAUGGAAAAGCAUAAAGAGGUGUUCUUUGUAAUCCACCUCCACUCUGGCCCCAUGGUCAACACCCUGCCACCCAUUGUUGACCCUGACCCCCUGCUGUCAUGUGACCUGAUGGAUGGCCGUGAUGCCUUCCUGACUCUGGCCCGGGACAAACACUGGGAGUUCAGUUCCCUCAGGAGGUGCAAGUGGAGCACCAUGUGUAUGCUGGUUGAGCUGCACAACCAGGGUCAGGACCGCUUUGUCUACACCUGCAAUGAGUGCAAGCAUCACGUGGAGACACGCUGGCACUGCACUGUGUGUGAGGACUUUGAUCUGUGCAUCAAUUGUUACAAUUCAAAGGGCCAUGAACAUCAGAUGGUCAAGUGGGGCCUUGGCCUGGACGACGACAACAACAGCCAGAGUGGGGAGGCCUCCAAGAGCCCACAGGAGAGCCGCCGCUUGAGUAUCCAACGAUGCAUCCAGUCCUUGGUCCACGCUUGUCAGUGUCGCAAUGCCAACUGCUCUCUACCAUCCUGCCAGAAGAUGAAACGAGUGGUGCAGCACACCAAGGGUUGCAAACGCAAAACCAAUGGUGGCUGCCCUGUUUGCAAGCAGCUUAUUGCUUUAUGUUGUUACCAUGCAAAGCACUGUCAGGAGAACAAGUGUCCUGUCCCGUUCUGCCUGAACAUCAAGCACAAACUCCGCCAGCAGCAGCUGCAGCACCGCCUUCAGCAAGCUCAGCUCAUGAGAAGAAGAAUGGCCACCAUGCAGGGCAGAACCAUGCCGCUACCGUCCCCACCAGCCUCAGCUGCUCCCAGCACUCCCACCUCCCACGCGCAGCCCAACACUCCCCAGACACCCCAGCAGCCCCUCUCCAAUCAGCCACAGACCCCCAACUCUGCAGGUGUCAUGUCUCCCUCCUUUCCCAACGCACCUCGCAGUGGGCAGCCUCAGGCAGUGGUGUCCCAGGGCAAACCUGGACCUCAGGCCUCCCCUCUACACCAGCAGCAGUCCCCAAUUCCCCAGCCGCCACAGCCACCGCAACAGAUGGCACAGCAGCCGCCACUCGCUGCAGUCAAGAUGGCACGGCACAUCGAGAUGAUGGCACAAGCCCAGCAGAACCAGCAGAACUACAGAGUCAACAUGAAUGGUUUAACAAUGAACCAGCAACCACAGCAGCGCAUGACUGGCCCAAUGCAGCCACCAAUGCCGAUGGUUCCCGGGCCUCGAGGUCCACAAGUCAUGCAACCUGGUAUGGGUCCAGGACAGUGGCCUGGAGCGACCGGGCCUAUGCAGACAGCCCAGACCCAACAGCCUGGUCUUGUCCCAGGGCAGAAUCCACAACCGGCCAUGACCAUGCAGCGUCCUAUGAUGCCUCCUGGGCAGCAACCCCAGCCAGGUCAGAGAAUGCUGAUACCACAGCAGCCUGGUGCCCGACCACAGACACCUCAGAGACCUGCAAUAGCCCCAAAUGCUCUACAGGACUUGCUCCGCACCCUCAAGUCUCCAAGCUCACCCCAACAGCAGCAGCAAGUUCUCAACAUCCUCAAAUCAAACCCUCAACUAAUGGCUGCUUUCAUCAAACAGCGAACAGCCAAGUACCAUGCCAACCAGCCGCAGCAGCAGGCAGGUCAGCAGCAGCAGCCGGGAAUACCACCAAUGCAGGCCAUGGCUAUGCCAGGGGGUGCUGUGCAGAGGCCAGGGAUGCCCCCACAGCAGCCACAGCAGCCCCCUGCUCAAGGCAUGGCUGCGUUAGGGGCCCAAGGGCAGCUGAUGAAUGCAGCACACAGUACCAACCCGCAAAUCCAGGAGCUGUACCGUCGACAACUCCUGAGACAACAGCAGCAGCAACAGCAGCAACAACAAGGAGUGAUGCCACAAGGCCAUCCAGGACAGUUCCCAGCUCAGACGCAGGGCACAGCAGCAACAUAUUCCCAGCUCCGCAUGCAGCAGCAGCAGCAGCAGAUAGCCAUGCAGGCUGGUGCUGGAGCAGCAGGGGGUCCAAUGGGCCAGCUCUCACCCAUGCCUCAGAUGGGCCAGCCCGGCAUGGGGAUGGACUCCACCCAGAACUUACUGCACCAACGAAUGCUCCAGCAACAACAGCAGCAAAUUCCCCAGCAGCAGCAGGCUGUCCUGAAGCAGCAGAUGGGCUCUCCUGCUCAGCCCAGCCCCAUGAGCCCGCAGACCCACCUGCUGGCUGGCCAGCCUCAAGGUGGAGCACACCUCCCUGGCCAGCCCGCACUCGCCAAUGCUCUCAGCAACCAGGUUCGCUCUCCGGCGCCGGUUCAGUCCCCCUGUCCGCCUUCCCAACAGCAGCCUCAGCAACCGCAGCUGCCGCCACAUUCCAGUCCCUCUCCGCAGAUCCAGAACCAGCCUCAACCCUCACCGCAGCACCCAGCCCACACGGGCUCACCACACCCAGGACUUGGGGGGCCACUGUCAGGAUCCAUGGAGCAGGGACAUUUGGGGACACCAGAGCAGAGUGCAAUGCUACCGCAGCUUAACACACCCAACAGAGGGGGGCUGAACAGUGACUUGGGGAUGGUGGGAGAUGCUACAGGGGACACUCUAGAGAAGUUUGUGGAGGGAUUGUAGCAUUUCUGCUGGGAACUAAAGAACAGUGUCGCUCCCAGGGACCCAAUCUCCCACUCCCCUACCCAGUUUCUCCCCAGACUCUUUAUCCUUUUAGAGAGCUUUGUUUGUUCUUUCUAAGGUUGAGAACGGUUUUUUGUACUGACAUGUAAAAAGUUUCCGCUGUAUAAAGAAAAUUUGGUCAAAAAACAAAAAAAGUCAACACUUCUAGGGAAAUAUAAUUGUUUCCUAACCCAAGUGAUGGGUGUUUCUUCCUUAAGAUGUUGAGGGAUUUGCAAGUUGCUUCUUAAAUGAAAUUUAAAUCACAAAGAAUAUAUUUUUUGGUUGAGACCAAAUGUGUUCAAUACUCAAUUUAUUUUUGGUUUGUUUUUGGUAUGGUUUCAUGCCUUUCUUGUUUCUUUUUUAAAAAAGAAAAUGUAUAAAUGCAUUAUAUUAUUCAUAUCUUUUUAUUUUGUACCUUUGGAAAAAAAAAAAACUUCAAAGCAUUUUUGUGUUGAAACUGUAAAAUAUUUUUUUCUGGGAAUCGGGCCAGGUUUUUGUUCUCCUCUCAAACUGUCAUUCCUGGCAAUUGUAAUCUAGUGUUGUACCAUUAGUCCAAAUGAUGCGUUCAGGGACAGAUACCGUUCCCUUCCUCGUUGUGUGUAUGAAGAGCACUCAGUUGUAUUAAUAUAGGAAAAGGACUGCGGCAGGUUGUGUAUACACGGGCAUGUAUGCAGGCGCACAUGAAGACACUGACACAAACCCUCACAGUCACUAAAAGAAACACAGCUGCGACUGGUUUCACACAAGAAAACAAGGACUGCAACCUACAUCUCAGUGGCCUGGAAUUUGGAAAAUCUGUCUCGCAGGUGUAGAAAAUUGUUGCUUUGACAUUAAAAAAAAAAAAAAUUUGUCAUACUUUUUUGUCAUACAAAUGAUGUAAAGUGUAAAGAGAGUGUGAGAAAGAGACCAGCCCCCUAAGCUGAGGUGGAAUGAUCACCGGUUGUUUGUAAGCCACAUCUCGGAUGAUGCCCCAUCUUCUAAAUUUUACACUAAGCUGUGUGCUAUCUAGGGAUAAAGGGCACAUUGGAGAUUCACCCCGAGGAAAACAAUGUUAUCAACCCUCAUUCCUCUCACACAAAAACUUGAAUUAGGGGGAUUUACUUUUUCUCCUAUUGUAAAUCAAGUUAAGCAAAAUACUAUAAAUAUAAGGAAGAGAGAAUGAAAUCGCUGUAUAAACUGGUAAAAGACUCAUUUCUUACUUAUAUACCAUAUUGUUAAAUAAACUGUGUGCAACAGAAGAACUCCGGUACUCUGUUGACUGAAUAAUGAGGCAUUA